CCGGACUCCAGGGCAGGCAGUGGGACCAACAGACCGACGCCAUGAGGGCUCUGCUGCUCCUGGAGUCCCUGCUGGGGAUCCUGGCUUUCACACGUUCGGUUCCACCUUGGAAAGCUCCCAGGGGCCAUGAGUUCGAAGCGGACGAGCACACUGUGGUUCUCACUGUCACCGGGGAGCCCUGCCACUUCCCAUUCCAGUACCGUCGGAGGCUGUACCACGAAUGCACCCGCCGGGGCCGGCCAGGCCCCCAGCCCUGGUGUGCUACCACCCCCAACUUCGACCAGGACCAGCGAUGGGCGUACUGCCUGGAGCCCAAGAAAGUGAAAGACCACUGCAGCAAACACAGCCCCUGCCAGAAAGGAGGGACGUGUGUGAACACACCUGGCGGCCCACACUGCCUCUGUCCAGAACACCUCAGCGGGAAGCACUGCCAGAGAGAGAAAUGCUUUGAGCGUCAGGUUCUCCAGUUCUUUGACCAGAAUGAGAUCUGGUACAGAUCUGAGCCGGCAGGUGUGGUCAGAUGCCAGUGCAGGGGUCCUGAUAGUCACUGCAAGCUGCUGGCCAGCCAGGCCUGCCGCACCAACCCGUGCCUCAACGGGGGCCGCUGCCUGGAGGCGGAGGGCCACCGCCUGUGCCACUGCCCCGCCGGCUACACCGGCCGCUUCUGCGAUGUGGACACGGAGGCCCGCUGCUACGCGGGCCGCGGGCUGGCCUACCGCGGCACCGCCAGGACCACGCGCUCCGGCGCUCCGUGUCAGCGGUGGACCUCGGAGGCC